UUUGAAUCUUUUGAGCAAAGUCAUACUCUAACAUCAUCAUGUCUGGCCGUGGUAAGGGUGGUAAGGUAAAGGGCAAGUCAAAGUCCCGCUCAAGCAGGGCCGGCCUUCAGUUUCCCGUAGGUAGGAUUCACCGCCUUCUGCGUAAGGGUAACUAUGCCGAGAGGGUGGGAGCUGGAGCCCCUGUGUAUCUCGCUGCCGUCAUGGAAUACCUGGCUGCUGAAGUACUAGAAUUGGCAGGUAAUGCUGCCCGUGACAACAAGAAGACCCGUAUCAUCCCCCGUCAUUUGCAGCUGGCCAUCCGUAACGACGAAGAGCUCAACAAGCUCCUCUCUGGCGUGACCAUCGCCCAGGGUGGUGUCCUGCCUAAUAUCCAGGCUGUGCUCCUCCCCAAGAAGACUGAGAAGAAGUAAAUACUUUUCGUAUUACCUCUUUUCAACAAUAUCGGCUCCUUUAGGAGCCA